AGGGCCUCGGCCCCCGGCUGGGCCAGCUCCUCUGUGCACCGCCCUGGGCGCCGAUCGCCUCGCCGGCUCCUCUUACUCCUUCUCGGGCCCUUCCGGAAGCCCAGGGAACUCAGAGGGCGGACUGAGAGCAGUCCUCCCACCCGGCCGGCAGGCAGCGGCACAGGAGGACGGAGCGGACAGAGCUGCUGUAGUGGGGAGGCCCUUACCCGCGAUCGGAAAGCCACCGCCCUCAGUGUGAGAGAAGUCCUUCCUUUCACGUAGACACUGAUACCUGAAUCACCUUCGUGACAAAGUCUUUGCUGAAAGAAACCAGGCGCAAUCAAGAAGUCUGUUCUCACUGAGAAAGACAGCAGCAAGGGGGCAGCGUGCAGCGCUCUGGAGGCUGAGCCAGUCUGGAUUCCAAAGCCCAGCACCCAGGAGCCAAACCAGGGAAGACACAAUGCGAUGUUCCAGCAGGACCUGCUUCGUAGCCUCCUCGGGCAUCUCACUCCUGUGGCUCUUCAUCACUUUGCAGAUCCCCAAGGGGGCUGAGGACGGCCGAGAUGUGAUACCCAUGAAAGGCCAAGAGACCAGUUAUGACAGCAAGAAGAACCCGAGGCCACUGGAAGACUGGCACAUGACCACCUCCAAAUAUAUGACAAAAAUCCCACAGAGAAGGAAGACAUGGCUGACGGUGGGGAUCUCUGCACUGUCACGACAGGAUCCAAGCAGCCUGGUGCACACGUUGGUCUCCCUGUACAAUGCCUCCUCCACGGCCGAGCAGAAACGCCUGACCGUGCUGGCCCACCUGGCAGAUUCCAACCUCACCUGGCUCAAAGACACUACUGCCCGUAUUUCGACCCUCUUCAGCUCGGAGAUCUUGACGGGGCAGUUGCUGCUCAUCCAUGCUCCACCUGCUGCCUACCCUACUGUGAGUGGCGGCCACGGUGCUAAAGCCUCCCGCGGGGAAGGCUACUCCAAGAAGAACGUAGACCACGCCUUCCUGAUGAGCUUCGCCACAAAGCUCUCUGAUUACUUCCUGUUACUAGGGGACGCUGUCUUUUGUGCGCCCAACUUUGUCACCCACAUUUAUUCCAAGGUGACCGCCCUGAAGCCCAGCCCGUGGGUGCUGCUGGAGUUCUCGAACGUGGGCCUCAUUGGCAAACUCUUCCACAGCAGGGACCUCCCGGUCCUGGCCCACUUCCUCCUCCUCUUCCACCAGGAGAAGCCCCUUGACAGGCCGAUCCUUCACUUCCACACCCUCCUGGUCCAGGAAAAGCCGAUCCUCUGCAGACCAUUCCUCUUCUACCACAGGUUGUCCCACCCCACCUCUGAUGACAAGGAGGACACAGUAGUCCCGAAAAAGAACCCUUACGGCCCUAGCAACUCCUCUGCGUCUGUCUUCACCAACAUGAACGUUUCUGGUGCUCACUUUCCCUGGGAGGCCUACGCUCUGGACGAGUCGUUCUUCUGGACAGAUGACAUCCGGCCAGGGAACCACUUGACCGUGGUUUUGAACCACCCAGAGAGGCUGAGCAGAGUGCAGGUGAUGACUGGCUCCAUCGUGGAGGGAAAGCACGCCCUGAGCAAGGGGCAGGUGCAGCUAGGCUACGGGAUGCCGCAGGGCUGUGCCAACUUUGUGCUGCUGGGCUGGCUUGUGGCAGGGCAGAUGGAUUGGGAGAUACUGCAGGACAGCACGGCGGACCCCGUGAGCUGCGUAAGGCUGGUGGUGAAAGCCAAUCAAGCUGGUGGUCUCAUGGUCAGGCAUAUCUACCUCUGGGAGAAAAAAGCCAUGGAGGAAAACAUGGAUCAGAGUUGAUGGUGAAAUCAGUAAAAGUACAACAAAUAAA